AUGGCGGCGUAUCCUCCCGUCACACCUGCAAAUGGUGCAAACUUCACUCAAAUAAUCCAUAAGGACACCUACCCUUUCAUUGAUUCUAGAUCCAAAUCAAAUCAUGCCGGCCGUGCUGUUUUCGUGUCUGGAGGUAAUCGUGGAAUCGGAAAAGCCAUUGCCAUUUCAUUCGCUCAAGCCGGUGCUUCGUUCAUUGGACUAGGAUGUCCCGACGGCUUCGGAGACCCCCCUGUCAAUGUCGAGAUUGAGAAUGCAGCAAAACUAUGCGGUCGACCGGCUCCCACCGUCGUCUUACUUCAUUUAGAUGUGACGGAUAGCGCGUCGGUAGCGGCGGCAGCGGCCAGAAUGCAAGAAUCUUCGUCGAGGUUGGAUGUCUUGGUGAACAACGCGGGGUUCAUGACCCAGGCUCUUCCGAUAGUAGAAGCCGACAAUGACCUGUGGUGGAAGACUUUUGAAGUCAACCUGAGAGGGAUCUUCUUGAUGUGUAAAUACUUUACACCUCUCUUACAUGGAACCACAGAUGGCCUGAAGACACUCGUCAACGUCAAUUCAGUGGCGUCCCCUGAAUCUCCGUCCCGAAGCAAGUGCAUACGGCACGUCCAAAUUCGCCGUACUGAAAUUCACCGAGUUCCUGCUGGUGGAGCAGAGAAGACAGGGACUGCUAGCGUUCUCCGUGCAUCCUGGGGGAGUCAUGACGCAGCUGGCAGAAGCCAUGCCUAA